UACAAGGCCAGAACUGGGCAAUUGGCAUGCAUGGAUGAAGUCGCGCUUUGUAACUACAGAAUAAUGAAUGCUACAAGACGUGCCAUUGGCCGGUUUGAGCAGAACAAGCAACAAGGUAAAAAUUGCGUACGUCUCUUCUGAGAGGCAUGUAGCGCGUGUCUCUGCACGUACAUCUCGUACUCUAUAUAUACACCCAAGCAGUCGAUCAUUCCAAAUGAUUAAGAACUCAGUUAGCAUCACCAGCUUCAGUGAGUGGCCGUGCGCAAAUUAAAGCCUAACUAAUCGUCAUGGCGCCUCCUCCGCAUGCGCUCGUCAUCCCCUACCCGGCGCAGGGCCACGUGAUACCCCUACUGGAGCUCGCCCACGCGCUGGUCGACCGGGGCUUCACCGUCACCUUCGCCAACUCCGAGUUCAAUCACCGCCGCGUCGUGGCCGCCGCCGCCAUGUCGGAGUCGUCGACGCUGCUGGGACGGGGGGUCCGGCUGGUGGCGGUGCCGGACGGCAUGGAGCCCGGGGAGGACCGGAACAACCUCGUCAGGCUGACCCUGCUCAUGGCGGAGCAUAUGGCGCCUCGGGUGGAGGACCUCAUCAGGCGCAGCAGCGACGACGGCGGCGCGGAGGGUGGGCCCAUCACCUGCGUAGUGGCGGACUACAACGUCGGGGCGUGGGCGCUCGACGUGGCGCGGAGGACCGGCGUCAGGUCGGCCGCCAUCUGGCCAGCCUCAGCCGCCGUGUUGGCGAGCCUUCUCAGCAUCGACAAGCUGGUCCAGGACAAGAUCAUCGACCCACAAGAUGGGUCUGCACUGGCCCAAGGCACGUUCCAGCUGUCCGUGGACAUGCCGGUGAUGCAGACGUCCCAACUCGCGUGGAACUGCAUAGGCAACCACGACGGGCAGGAAGCGCUCUUCCGGUACCUCGUCGGCGGCAUCCGCGCGGUGGACAAAUGCGACUUCGUCCUCUGCAACUCCUUCCACGGCGCCGAGCCGGCGACAUUCGCGCGCUUCCCGCGGAUCGUCCCCGUCGGGCCUCUCCUCACGGGCGAGCGCCGUGGCAGUGGCAGCAAGACGGCGGUGGUGGGGCACUUCUGGCGGCCCGAGGACGACGCGUGCAUGUCCUGGCUCGACGCGCAGGCGGCGAUGUCCGUCGUGUACGUCGCCUUCGGCAGCUUCACCAUGUUCGACACGCGCCAGUUCCGGGAGCUCGCCCUAGGGCUGGAGCUCUCCGGCCGGCCGUUCCUCUGGGUCGUGCGCCCAGACAUCGUCCUCGGCGGCGACGUCCACGACUACCCCGACGGCUUCCUCGACCGUGUCCGUGCAACUGGCCGCGGCAUGGUGGUCGCAUGGUCGCCGCAGCAGAGGGUGCUGUCGCACCCUUCGGUCGCGUGCUUCGUCUCGCACUGCGGCUGGAACUCGACCAUGGAGGGCGUCCGGAACGGGGUGCCCUUCCUCGCCUGGCCCUACUUCGCUGACCAGUUCGUCAACCAGGGGUACAUAUGCGACGUCUGGAAGGUCGGGCUCCGGGCCGAGGCCGACGGAUCGGGUGUCAUCACCAAGGAGCACAUCGCCGGCAGGGUGGAGGAGCUGAUGAGCGACGCCAGCAUGAGGGAGAGGGUGGAGGCCAUGAAAAAGGCUGCGCUUGAGAGCAUCAACCGUGGGGGCUCGUCGCUCAGCAACUUCGACAUGUUUGUUGAUGCCAUGAAGGCGUGAAUCAUAUAUAUGUGCUUACUGUUGUUUUUUUUUUCUUUCUACAUGUUGUUUAGGUUUGGUUAUUAUAAGAGCAUGUGCAACAAUUUUCAGAACCCCACUCUCGAUCCCAACCUAGAUAGUUUUGGUAAGAUAAAAAAAAACCUCUAACAACUUGUUUUGUACCGAUGGUUGUGAACUCAUUUGCACCGGUGUUUGCACUAGCA